AUGCUGGUAGAACUAGGAAUCCAAUCUGUGGAAAUUCUGGGAGAUUCCAUGCUGGUUUUAAAACAAAUUGCUGGGGAAUACAAGUGCCUAAGCCCUUCUUUGGCUGUCUACUUGGUGGCAGCUAGGAAUCUUCUGACAGAAUUCAGAGAAGCCACUUGGGAACAUAUCCCAAGGGAAGAAAAAUUUUGCAGCCAAUGA